AUGGCUGUUCUAGUUAACGUCUCGAUGAAGAUCGUGGAUGUUGACGACAUCAACGAAGAAAGAAUGGACUUCCGCCUGCACACGUACAUCGAAGAGAGCUGGCGCGAUGGCCGGCUCCGCACCAGCCCGUUCGCCUACAGGUGGCGCCGCAUGUCGGUACCCCGUCGCGUCGCUCGUCUCAUGUGGACGCCGGACGUGGUGUUCUCCAACACCAAGAGGAGCAGCAUAUUCCGCCAAUCGGUGGACAGCGUCGCCUACAAGAUCGCGAGGGACGGAUCCGUGCACAGACUCACAAGGUACCUGUUUCAAGUUCGAUGCCUAAUGACGUUUCACAAGUACCCGAUGGACAUACAGCACUGCCACUUCAAGGUUUCCCUACUGGCCACGCCCAACUCCAUCACGGAGCUCUGUUGGGAGGCUAGCGUGGAUGACAAAGGCGAGAGCCUUGCCAUAGAGUUCGUCGACCGAAUCGAACCGCUUCAGUUCCGCAUCAAGCGGCCCAAAGUACAUCGGUACAGCGAGAACUUCCUUGGAGAGAACUACACUCACCUGCUGGCCAAUUUCACCUUCGAGCGUCGUCUGACAGCGUCCAUCGUGAACACCUACAUACCGAGCGGCCUGGUGGUGGUGCUGUCUUGGCUGUCCUUUUGGUUGGACGUGCACGCGGUCCAGGGGCGGAUCACGCUGGGAGUGACCGCCAUACUGACCCUCACCACGCAGGUCGUACAGUCACGCACUGCCCUUCCACCGGUGGACUACGUGAAGGCCGUGGACAUCUGGCUCUUCGCGUGCCUCGUCAGCGUGUUCACCUCUCUGCUGGAGUACGCGGUGGCCUACCAGUACGUCAAGUCCCAGAGAAUUGGUUUCCAGGGAGACGGUGCCAUAGCUGACGAGGACAUCACCGAGAACGACGUGUUGGGCUCCGCUGAAUCCAUGGCUUCCACCGUGUCUCACCACGGCAACCUUCCUGCGCCGUCCUCGUCCAGGUUCCCGAUAAAGCCUCUGCUCCAGCCCAGCAAACUGCUCACAUUUCUCUCGAAGUUCCGCUUCCUGAGCAUCAGCAGUUCCAACGUCUUCGACAGCGUCUCUCGAGCCGUCUUUCCUUCGGUGUUUGUUCUAUUCAUGAUCGCCUACUGGGCUCACUACCUUCCUAGCGGCAAGCCUGGCCACUGA